GUGUUGUAAUAUCAUUCCUUAAAGAACAACACCAUCAUCCUCCAAAACGCUCUCUCUCUCUCUCUCUCUCUCUCUCUCUCUCUCUCUUACACACACUCAUCCUCUUAUGUUCACUCUCCUUCUGAAUUUUGAUGAUAAUAUAGACUUUUAGCAAUGGGAAGCCCAGUGAACAUCAUUGUUGGCUCACAUGUGUGGGCAGAGGAUCCUGAGGAUGCAUGGGUCGAUGGUGACGUCCAAGAAAUCAAUGGCAGAGAUGCCACAAUUAUUGCCACUAACGGCAAAACUAUAAUUGCAGACAUUUCUAGUAUAUAUCCAAAAGACACAGAAGCACCACCAGCAGGGGUCGAUGACAUGACCAAGUUAGCUUACCUCCAUGAACCAGGAGUCCUAUAUAACCUUGCCUGUCGAUUUUCCCUCAAUGAAAUAUAUACUUACACUGGGAACAUUCUAAUUGCGGUGAAUCCUUUUCGGAGACUGCCACACUUGUAUGACAUCCACAUGAUGGAGCAGUAUAAGGGAGCUGCCUUUGGAGAGCUAAGUCCACACCUUUUUGCCGUUGCAGACACUUGUUACAGGGCAAUGAUAAAUGAACAGGGAAGCCAAUCCAUUUUGGUAAGUGGAGAGAGCGGAGCUGGUAAAACAGAGACAACAAAAAUGCUCAUGAGAUACCUUGCGUUCAUGGGGGGCAGAUCUGUUACAGAUGGAAGAACAGUAGAACAACAGGUUUUGGAGUCCAACCCAGUCCUGGAAGCAUUUGGCAAUGCCAAAACUGUGAAAAACAAUAAUUCAAGUCGUUUUGGUAAAUUUGUUGAGAUUCAAUUUGAUAAGCACGGAAAGAUAUCUGGUGCUGCAAUUCGUACAUAUCUUCUUGAGAGGUCACGUGUGUGCCAAGCCUCUGAUCCAGAGAGAAACUAUCAUUGUUUCUACAUGCUCUGUGCAGCACCACCAGAGGAUGUUAAGAAAUUCAAGCUGGGGGACCCAAGAACAUUCCAUUAUCUUAAUCAAUCAAAUUGUUAUGAAGUAGCAAAUGUAGAUGAUGCGAGAGAAUAUUUGGAGACGAGAAAUGCCAUGGAUAUUGUGGGGAUCAGCCCAGAUGAGCAGGAUGCUAUAUUCCGUGUGGUGGCUGCAAUUCUACAUCUUGGAAACAUUGACUUCAUAAAAGGGAAUGAAGUUGAUUCUUCGAAACUGAAAGAUGAGAAAUCAAAAUUCCAUCUUCAAACUGCCGCAGAGCUCCUCAUGUCUGACGCGAAGAUGCUAGAAGACUCACUCUGUAAGCGUGUCAUAGUGACUCCCGAUGGUAACAUUACAAAACCACUGGACCCAGGCCAAGCUGCCCUAAGUCGUGAUGCCUUGGCAAAGACUGUAUACUCCAGAUUGUUUGAUUGGAUUGUGGAUAAUAUAAACAGUUCAAUUGGCCAAGAUCCCAAUGCAGUAAGCUUAAUUGGAGUCCUAGAUAUUUAUGGCUUUGAAAGCUUCAAGAUCAACAGUUUUGAGCAGCUAUGUAUCAACCUCACAAAUGAGAAGUUGCAACAACAUUUUAAUCAGCACGUAUUCAAGAUGGAGCAAGAAGAGUACACAAAAGAGGAAAUAAAUUGGAGUUACGUAGAAUUCGUAGACAACCAGGAUGUUUUGGAUCUUAUUGAGAAGAAACCCGGGGGUAUAAUUGCUCUUCUUGAUGAAGCCUGUAUGUUUCCCAAGGCAACCCAUGAGACAUUUGCACAAAAGAUGUAUCAGACAUAUAAAGGACACAAGCGCUUCAGCAAGCCAAAACUUGCCCGAACAGACUUCACAAUCAACCAUUAUGCAGGAGAUGUCACAUACCAAGCAGACCAAUUUCUUGAUAAAAACAAGGAUUAUGUUGUAGCAGAACACCAAGCACUACUAGAUGCAUCCAAGUGCCCAUUCGUCGCUAACCUUUUCCCUCCGCUACCUGAUGAGACAUCAAAGCAAUCUAAAUUCUCUUCCAUUGGUACCCGCUUCAAGCAACAACUACAAGCUUUGAUGGAGACACUGAACACAACAGAACCACAUUACAUCAGAUGUGUAAAGCCCAACACAGUUUUGAAGCCUGGAAUCUUUGAAAACUUUAAUGUCUUAAACCAGUUAAGAUGCGGGGGUGUAUUAGAGGCUAUUAGGAUAAGUUGUGCUGGGUAUCCAACAAAAAGAUCAUUUGAUGAGUUCCUUGACCGUUUUGGAAUGCUAGCUCCAGAUGUUCUUGAUGGAUCCGACGAAAAAUCAGCCUGUAUUGCCAUCUGUGACAGAAUGGGCUUGAAGGGCUAUCAGAUUGGGAAAACAAAGGUGUUUCUUAGAGCUGGGCAGAUGGCUGAAUUAGACGCACGGAGAACUGAAGUCUUGGCUAAUGCGGCCAGACGCAUCCAAAGGCAAAUUCGAACACAUCUGACCAGAAAAGACUUCAUCACCCUGCGAUGGGCUACUAUUAAUGUACAGAAACUUUGGAGAGCACAAAUAGCACGUAAGCUGUAUGAACAGAUGAGAAAGGUAGCUGCUUCAAUCCGCAUACAAAAACAUGUUCGUGCUCACACUGCAAGAAAAUUUUACACAAAAUUACUAGCAUCAGCAAUUGUUAUUCAAACUGGGUUACGAGCAAUGGCAGCUCGAAAUGAAUACAGAUACAAAAGAAGAACAAAGGCUGCAACCAUCAUCCAGACUCAAUGGAGAAGAUUUCAAGCUCUUUCUGCUUAUAAACAGCAGAAGAAGGCAAAUCUAACACUUCAAUGUCUUUGGAGAGCAAGGGUUGCAAGGAAGGAGCUUAGAAAGCUUAGGAUGGCUGCAAGAGAAACAGGGGCACUUAAGGAGGCUAAGGACAAGUUGGAGAAGCGUGUUGAAGAGCUAACAUGGCGACUAGAAUUUGAAAAACACUUAAGGAUUGAUCUUGAAGAGGCUAAAGGACAAGAAAUUGCAAAGUUACAAAAUGCUUUACAUGAAAUGGAAGGGCAACUGGAUGAAGCCCAUGCUGCAAUCAUUCGCGAGAAAGAAGCAGCAAAGCUAGCCAUUGAAGAAGCUCCACCAGUCAUUAAAGAGGUUCCAGUUGUGGACAACACCAAGCUGGAGUUACUAAGAAAUCACAAUGAGCAACUGGAGGGUGAGCUAGGAGAGCUGAAGAAAAAGUUUGAGGAAUUUGAGGAGAAGUAUUCCAAAGCUGAAAAAGAGAGCAAAACAAGGCUAAGAGAGGCAGAAGAAGCACAGCUAAAAGCAACGUUACUUCAAGAGACUAUUGAAAGAUUAGAAUUGAACUUAUCAAACCUUGAAUCUGAGAAUCAGGUUCUACGCCAACAGGCUUUGGUAGCAUCACCAAAGGAGGACAUCUCUGAAGAACUGAGAAUCCUCAAGAGUAAGAUUGCAAGUUUCGAGUCAGAGAAUGAAUUGCUUCAAAACCAGGCAGUUGUGAAGCAGAUAGCUACACCUGAGAGGCCACUGCCACAAGUCAAGUGUUUGGACAAUGGACAUCAAACAGACGAAGAACUUCAAACAACAAAGGAAACAGAGCCUAUUGCCCCCCUCCUAACUAGACAAAGAUCACUCACAGACAGGCAGCAGGAAAAUCAUGAUGUACUACUCAAAUAUCUCAUAGAAGAUAAACGAUUUGAUAAGAAUAGACCUAUCGCAGCCUGUAUUGUCUAUAAAGCACUUCUCCAGUGGAGAUCCUUUGAAGCUGAGAAGACAAAUAUAUUUGAUAGGAUUAUUCAAACAAUUCGUUCAUCCAUAGAGGGUCAGGACAACAUUGCUGAUUUGGCAUAUUGGCUUUCAACAACUUCUACCCUUCUGUUUCUUUUACAAAGUACACUCAAGGCAAGCAAUACAACCAGUUCAGCUUCUCAUCGUAACCGAAACUCCCCAACCACCUUAUUUGGCAGAAUGGCACAAGGUUUUCGUCCAUCUUCAUUGGGCACGGGAAUUUCAAGCGGCUACAGUGGAAUGGAGGGAAAACCGAAUGAACAAUUGAAAGUGGAAGCUAAGUACCCAGCCCUACUAUUUAAACAACAUCUAACUGCAUGUGUUGAGAAAAUAUAUGGGAUGAUCCGUGACAAUUUGAAGAAAGAGAUCAGCCAGUUCCUUAACUUGUGCAUUCAGGCACCUAGAUCAUCACGGGUUAGAUCAAUAAGAGGGUCAUCUAAAAGUAUCCAUUCAAAUAUAGUUGCAAAGCAACAAGCAUCAAACAUACAUUGGCAGAGCAUUGUUAAUAAGCUUGAUCAUACCUUGGGUUUAAUGUCUGGGAACCACGUACCUUCAAUGAUCACAAAAAAGAUCUUUAGUCAGGUCUUUUCAUUCAUCAAUGUACAGCUCCUUAAUAGUCUAUUGCUUCGUCGUGAGUGCUGCUCAUUUAGCAAUGGAGAAUAUCUAAAGGCAGGUUUGCAGGAAUUGGAACAUUGGUGUCUCAAAACAACGGAUCAGUUUGCCGGAUCGUCCUGGGAUGAACUCCAACACAUAAGGCAAGCUGUCGGGUUUCUGGUGUUACAUCAGAAAGCUCAGAAAUCAUUGGAUGAGAUCACAAAUGAACUCUGCCUGAUAUUGAGCAUUCCACAAAUAUAUCGCAUUGGAACUAUGUUCUGGGAUGACAAAUAUGGAACCCAUGGAUUACCUCCAGAUGUAAUUGGCAAAAUGAGAAUGAUGAUGGCAGAAGAUUCAAUUAAUAUGCCCAAUAAUUCUUUCUUGCUCGAUGUUGAUUCCAGCAUACCAUUCUCAAUGGAAGAGAUGUUCCGAUCCUUGAGUGACAUCAGCCUCUCUGACAUGGAUCCACCACCCAUUCUCCGACAAAGAUCUGAUUUCCAUUUCCUGUUACAACAAACGGAUUAGAGUUAGCACAUGGAUGUAUUUAAACAUGAUGGUGUAAUUACAUGCGCAUUCUUGCUUUUGCUUUGCCCAUUUGCCUAUUUGUAAUUAGUUGCUUUUGCUUUUGUGGGGUGGGAGAGGAGAGAGUGAUUGAUUGUUCAGGAAUGUAAUUUUUAUUUAUUAUCCGUGUUUUUUUUUUUUUGUUCAUAUUGUGGCAAUUGGAGUGAAUUUUUUAACAGAGAAUGAAGUGGUGAAUUUGUAUAUUAAAGAGAAAUGAGAAGGAAAAUCUUAUAAAGUAUCUGCUUUGUAUCAA